AUGAAGACGGUUUCCGACAAGGAUCUGCAUGUCCUGCAGGAGAUUAUCGCACAUGCUGAAAGUUCGACGUCGGUCGUACCGCACGGAGAGCAUGGCCAAAUGUCGCUGGCUGAUGUUCUCAAGAGCUACUCGAUCAUCUUGAGGAAGCAUGGCUUGUCGCCGUCAGAGGACACGUUCUUCUAUCGCCUGCUGCUGCAGAUGUCCAUGGACGGAAGCGGAGACUGGUGGAGGAGGUUGGAAGCCGUCUGCAGCAGGACAUGCACAGGAGGAGGAGAGAGGGCGAGGGACAGCACGGGGGUGACGCAAGCUUUUCGGAGGAUGGUAACGGAAAGGAUUCCUACUCACAACAGAAGGGGCGUGUACGAAGGUAGCGGGCUCGUCGCAGUGCACAGUCGUGGAUGGACGAAGAGGUUCAACGACGAGAACGACAUUUCUGUGUACCACGGGAACGCUCAAAAUCGCAAGGCGGUGAAGAAGAAGAAAGAUGAGAACCAGAGGAUGGUCGAGGAGCAGGCGCUGGAGAACUGGAUGGUUGCAGUGAGUUUCUGGGAGCAAUGCGUCAGCGUUCGGAUCGUCCUCGCAUGGAGGACGUUGGUCAGAGAGGCAAAGGAGAAGUUGAUGGAACUUUGCUGCUACCUCGAUCCGGCCAGCGCGUUUCCUGAGACGACGACGAUGACGUGGAUUUUGAGCGUGAAGUUUGUGCAGCUGAACUUGCUCCACAAGAGGAAAAGCUUGAAGAGAACAUUUGAUGAGCUCGUGAUCAACAAGAAGUUUCAGAAGGAGAAGAUGAGAGAAGCGAUCGACAUGUCCGCUUACCAACGAUUGACACUUUGCUUCUCUUGGAUGAAAGUCUGGACGUAUGAGUCUUGCUCAAUCAAGAACAAGUUUGAGAUCGUGUUUGUUCGCCACCUAAGACGAAUCGUGUCUUGGGCUCUAUUGUUCUGGAUUGAAAAUUCUGUGCGGGAGAGAGAAAUGGUCCUUGGGAUCAAAAGGUUUCUGCGCGCCAGAAGACGGAUGUUGCUGCUCAAGACUUGGGGGGCCUGGGGACCUGAGGGGUUGGUGGGGAAGAAGAAGACAUUGCGAUUGAGAUUCCAUGAGCUGAAAAGAAAGAUAGCCAAGAAAGUCUUCAGGGAAGCCUUCAUGGCGAUCUCAGAGGAUUUGAGUGAACAAGCAAUCUUUGCUGAACAUGGUAACAAAACAGUGAGAAAGAAGUUCUACAAUCAGUGGCUGCAGUACGUGUCUCUAAUGUCAGAGAGCAACUUGAAGCUCGAGGAGAAACUCACGGCUGAACAAGGAAAGAGGAGGAGGAGGGUGCUGGAAUCAUGGAGCAGGCACGUUGGAAGGAUGAAGAUGCUGAUGGAGAAGUUGGCGACUGCGGAGUUGAAGUUCAAAGUCAAAAUUCGGAGGAAACAGCUGAAAUCAUGGAAGCAAAAGACUUCUUUCCUGAUGCGAUUGAAGAUGUUUGCCAGAAUAAUGGCGCAUGUAUCAACAACUUUACCGUCUUCAUAUGCAAAAAUCCGAUGGAGGAUGCGGAUGAAAAUGUUCCUUAAGAGACUGGACAAGUUAGCAGCUGCUGAUCGUCAGAACAAGAUGACAAGAUCGUUGUCUUCCAAGUUCUUCAAGCUUUGGAUUAAUGUGAUCUUUUACCUGCGGCUGAAGAAGAAGAGCGUGAAGAACCUUUCCAAGAAGGCUUUCAGGUGGUGGAAGAGAGCGAGAGAACAAGGGACCAUGGAGAGAAAGGAACUUGAGAUGAGAUUGCAAAGAGCUAUCAUGAUUGUCGAGAUGUUCAACUUCUUCACAAGAUGGCGCGGUCAAAGAAACGUCAGCCUGUUCAACGUCAAGAGCAUUCUCCGUCGCUGCCUCCGAGCCUGGAAAUCACAGACUGCGAUAUCCUUGUUUGUGUGGAUGAGACGAGAAAACUUCACUUUGCUGUUGUUGAGCAAGAGCCUCUACCUAUGGAAAGAGAUUCUUGUGCAUCAACGCAACUUGAAGCAACUUGUGAACAAUGUGGAAGAAUUUUCGAUGAUGAAGACAACGAACAGAUUCUUCUCCUCUUGGCUUCAUGUUUUCCAUGUGAAGACUUCGCAUGCGAUGAUCGUCGACAGCGCCUUGAGAGCAAAAGAAGGGAAGACUCGCUCGGCGUGUUUGGAGUUCUGGAAGAUUUACAUUAUGACGAAUUUCAUGUAUUGGAUGGAUAUGCACAUUCGUUACCUCGCACAACUUGUGGUGAUCAAGCAUUCUUUGUCAAAGUCCUGGAAGGUCUUCUGCAUGAAAGAAGCCUUUCUCACGAUGUUCCGACAAGUGAAGGAGAAGCUUGAUAAGCAGACAAAACUUUCAUGUUUGCUGCGAGCCCGCGAUUUCUCCCUGAAAUUUCGAUGUUUCGGGAGGUUUGGCUGGAGCGGAAUCACCAGACGAAACAAGAACCUUUCCGUCGCCUCAUACGCAACGAGCGCACAACGUAAUCACAAUGUGAAGAGGAGGAUGCUGCAGCUGUGGUGGACCGUCUUCAACACGAAGAGACAAGAACGACUAGAGGUACAAAACUUGGCGGCAAAGUUUGCAGAGGUGGAAAGCAAGAAUUCUGCCUCUUUCAUCGUCUUGACACCCUCUCAGCGUCGACAAGUCGAAAUCUGGAACAAGAUCGCUGCUGAGUUUCAGUUGCACGAGAAUGAGGAGAGAAUCGAUCUGCGCAAGAAAUCGUCCAAGAUGCAAAACGUCUUCGUUGCAUUCAAGAAGGCAACUCUGUUUCAAGUUGUCACAACAGCGCUCAAGCUGCAGUCUGUUCUUGUUCUGAAGCAAUGGAUCAUUUCGCACAAACACCUUUUCUCCAGAGAUCCUGCAUUCUUCCAGGUCCUCUUCAAGAUGAGAUUGCUGAAGGCGAUGAGAAGUUUGUUCUCGUGGCAUGACAUCACCGUCAAGACAAGGGAGUGCAACCUUAUGAUCAACAGACACCUGAGCGUGUUGGCUGUUGAGAACUUGCGAAGAUGGAAGGCAACAUGUCGUCUGCUACAAUCAGAACGGGAGAAGCUUGCGGAGGCUGAGAAUGUCCUCAGCGUGAUCAAGUUGAACUUGUCUUGUGCAUGGUGGCAGCGGCUGCAAUCACAUCCGUGA